AUUUCAUUCCUGUCAGUUUGCGAUUUUUCACAAUGACACAUUGAAAUAUCUAUUUCUAACCAGCUGUAAGAUUAUUAAAAUUGCGUAUUAUUUACUAGAAAAUUGAUACAAAAAGCUUUGUGCAGCAUUUUUAUUAUUCGCAUUCAUUGUAAAGUUAAUAAACAUUAGCUAAAAUGGCUUACGCCUACUUGUUCAAAUACAUCAUCAUCGGCGACACAGGUGUUGGAAAGUCUUGCCUGCUGCUCCAGUUUACAGACAAGAGAUUUCAGCCAGUUCAUGAUCUGACCAUUGGUGUAGAAUUCGGUGCUCGCAUGAUCACCAUUGAUGGCAAGCAAAUCAAACUUCAGAUUUGGGACACCGCUGGGCAAGAGGCGUUCAGAUCAAUCACUCGAUCAUAUUAUAGAGGUGCUGCGGGCGCUCUACUAGUGUACGACAUCACCAGACGAGAGACGUUCAAUCAUCUGACGACCUGGCUAGAAGACGCGCGCCAGCAUUCCAACUCAAAUAUGGUUAUCAUGCUUAUUGGUAAUAAGAGCGAUUUGGAAUCCCGACGCGAAGUGAAAAAGGAGGAGGGUGAGGCCUUCGCGCGCGAGCACGGCCUCGUGUUCAUGGAGACCUCGGCCAAGACCGCCGCCAACGUGGAGGAGGCCUUCAUCAACACCGCCAAGGAGAUCUACGAGAAGAUACAGGAGGGAGUCUUUGAUAUCAACAAUGAGGCGAAUGGCAUCAAGAUUGGGCCGCAGCACUCGACGGCGGGCGCGGGCGGCGCGGGGGGCGCGGGCGCAGGCGGCGCUCCCCCCGGCGGUUGCUGUUAGGUGCUGCGCUGCACACGCUGAGGACUGCGGGCGCCGUACGCUUCGACAGAGAAGAGGUGCAGCUGUGUGCAACAAACUUUGGUACAGAAACUUACUGCAUGACGGGUUACUAGAUUUCAUUUACGCUACAAACUGUUGCAACUCGACUCAAUAAUAUAGCGACGAGGUGUUUGGCAAGCCUAAAAAAAUUGCCCCUUUAUAAUUAACGAGAUAAAUCAAUAAAAAAUACCCUUUUGUAAGACACGCCCUAAUAAGUAAUCAUUUUUACGUCGAAUUGUAAUAUUUUAAUAUGUAAUUUUUAUUUUUGCAAAGUAAAAGCAUAUUUACAUUAAUCCAGUCAGUUCUACCACCCCUACGUCCGUGAUCUGCUGAAGUAAAUAUGUAAUCUGUCGAUAUAUUGUGAACUAAACAUACUGAUUACAAUUUAACGUAUUAUUUUUCGGUGUAUUAUAAUCUAUCGAAGUGAAACCGUUAAAUUGCAAUCUUGAAACGUCAACUGUCCGAAUUUGCCCCUGAUUGGUCGGCUUUACAGCAGAUUGUUCUGUGUCCAUAGAGUUAGGAAUGAAACAUAUAUGUCAGUCAAAUAAAAUAGUUCAAGAAUUGUGACAUCACGUAUUUAUUUAUUAUUUAUUAUACCUAAAGACAGACUAACCUAACCUAACUUUAGAUUUGACAAAAUUAUUCUUAUAAUAACCAAUAACAACAUUUUACUAAUGGAAGAACAGUGUUUAAAACUUUAAUAAUAAUUAUACAUGAUACAUAUGUCACUUCUGCGACUAAGAUGAAUAUGACAUAUAGAAUGUUAAAAAACUGUCAAACGGUAAAGGCUGUAUGUAGAGCUUUCCAAAAAGUGACAUCGAUACAUUAUUUGAGUAUGUCACUAACUUUGGUAGUUUGGUAAACAAUGCAUUAAUCACUGACUGGGUUAGUUUCUACUGGAAAACGCAAUGUAAAUAGACGUUUAGCUAUUUACAAAUAUAAUAAAUGUAAAAGAAGUACACAUUGUUCAUAUUACAUAUUUUGGUGUCAAAACUUUUGUAGCAAACGUUUUUAAAUUAUAACAUGUGUGAGCUUGGGCUCAUAGUAUUCAUAUAGGCAUAUUCGAAAUAAAAGCAUUGCUACUGUUUGUGUUCUCCAUUUUAGGGUUAACUCUGAAAGGAAUUUAUAAUAAUUAUUGAAUUUUAAAUACAUAUUCUUUUAAGGACCCCAUAUAUGAUCAAACUUUUCAAAUCAAACAAUUUAAUAGUCUGUAGUGUUGAUUAAAGCGUCUGUCAAUCAUUGUUUAAUGUUAUUAUACUAAUAGCAUUAACAACUGAGUCUUAGGGCCAUAAAUCAUUUCUCUAUAUCUAUCUCGCUUGCACUUAUGGGUCUUAUGGAGCCGUCUAGUGAAGGGUGUAACAAUGAAAGACAUAUUAUCGAUAAGUAAAGUUUAUUAUCGUAUCUUGUUCACAAAAUUAAAAAAAUUAACAAUAUUUGAUUUAAUAUAAUACAUAUUUCAUAUUAUAUAAUUAUUAACUAAAUAAAAUUAAUCUUCAUCUGAGUCUUCAUCAUCAGAAUCUUCGUCUUCUGCCAAAUUUAUUAUAUAUUAGUAUCCAUAGUGCGCAACGAGUAACACAUGAAUGUAUUUAUUUAAUUGCAGUAAACACAUUUAUAGCAAAAAAAAUACGCAAUGCAAUUACAUUAGAAACCGACCAAUCAGAAUCGUCCAAAUCAUUAUUGACUCAUCAUUAGCACGUGCGCAGGUAGCCGUUUAUCGAUAAUUAGGGUGCGCAGGUAGGCGCGCUGCACAUUCCUAUCUUUUUUGACUUUUAUGACCGGACGACUCAGAUGAUAAUGCGCAUACUAUAGGGUUAAAGCCAUUGGAAACAAUCAAUGAUGUUUGACAAACUUGACUUUCUCAUCAAAUAAUGUUUGAUAAAACUGCAAAUUAUCAUUUAAUUUUUUUUAAUUAAACGAUUUUCAUUUAUUAUUAUUGAUAAUAAUUUGCAUUUUCAACAGAACUUUUGUUUGGUAACUCUUAAACGAAUUUGUAAAAUAUAAAUGUAUUUAAAAUUCAAAUAUUAAUAAAAUUUUUAAUUUCAAUGUUUAUUUACUAUGUAGUGGCAGUAACGUCUCGUAUAGCUUAUUAUUGUCCGGCCGCUCAGAAAUUGCGUUUCUGACAAAUCGUGGUCGAAUGGGCGAUUUAACUUCGAACUGUGCUAUUUCAAGUUAUGCUAUUAUGAUAUACAGAUAUAUAUAUUAUAUCUGUUUGUCUUUGUAGUAAUGAAACAAAUAACGAGAGAAAUGUAAUUGAAUGUUUGUCCCAUUCGAUCACGACCUGUCAGAAACGCAAUUUCUGAGCGGCCGGAUAUUAUUAUAAAUAUUUACCAUAAGUAUAAUUAAAUUCAUCAUGCGUAACCAGACAUGUGUGUAUAUGUAAGAAUUGACCAGGUGGAAGGAAUCAUUGUAUUUUACAUGAAAUUUGUUUGGUGUCGACUUGUAUGCGCUUUCCUUUUCAAAAAAAAAAAUAAAUAAUAUAGCUUUAAGAUGAACAUUAAAAGUGAUAAAAAUAGAGAUUUUGUGCAAUAUAAAAAGGCGACCAAUCUCUUUUUGAAAAUGUCAAAUAUGCAAGAUUGAGAAAAAUAUACUAAUUGUUAAUUUGUAAGGGCCGACACACAUUGACGAUUUCCAGUUUAACGCAGACAUUUCUAGUGUUAAAAAAGGUAAAGGUUAUUUUUAUUAAAAUAAUUUACUCUUGUCCCAUCGCAUUUUGUUAUUGUGUUAGUUAAUUUUGAAUGCCACGCCAGAGCUAUUAAUAACAAUAACAUUCAACGGCCUCCGUGGCGCAGUGGAUUCACAAGACGGGGGUCCUGGGUUCGAACGCCAGCUGGGCCGAUUGAGGUUUUCUUAAUUGAUCCAGGUUUGGCUGGUGGGAGGCUUCGGCCGUGGCUAGUUACCACCCUACCGAUAAAAACGUACCGCUAAGCGAAUUAGCGUUCCGAUACGAUGUCGUGUACAAACCGAAAGGUGUGUGGAUUUCAUCCCCCUCCUAACAAGUUAGCCCGCUUUCAUCUCAGAUUGCAUCAUCACUUACCAUCAGGUGAGAUUGCGAUCAAGGGAUAAGUUGUAAAAAAACUAAGUUUGAAAUGCGAUAUCCCGCCGUUGUUUAUAUCGGUUUCACCCGCGUAAUUCUCGUUCCAGUGGGAAAACGGGGAUAAAAUAUGGUUUUGUGAAAGAAUGUAUCAAUCGAUCCAAUAGUUUCAGAGCCUAUUCAGUGCAAACUUCCUCUUUAUAGGUAAUAUACUGUAGACUCUCAGUAAAUUCCAACGGAACAAAAAAUAUAUUGAUUGAUUAUAAAACACAGCUAAAACUUACUUGAAAUUCUAAUAAAAUUUAAGUUCUAAAAAAGAAAGAAAUAUUUUUUGUCGAGUUUUAAAAAGUAUCUAAUCACUAUUAUGUCGGUACUAUAGAUAUAGAUUGAUAUAAUAUCUAUAUUCUAUAUGAAUUGUGAAAUGAUCUAUAAAACCCAAGGUGAUAAUGAAAGCGCAUACCGACACUAUUCAUAAAAUUUUAGACUUAAGUCCGGCCGCUCAGUGAUUGCGUUUUUGGCAGGUCGUGCGAAUGGGACAAACAAAUUACAAUUCCUUCGUUUUUUGUCUCUCUCAUGUUAAAUCGCCCAAUAGAUCACGAUCUGUCAGAAACGCAAUCUCUGAGCGGCCGGACUUUAGCCCCGAUUCUCUAUGACAUGAUUAAAAUAUAUACCAUUGAUUAUUAUUAUCGAAAUGUCAUAAUUAUUAAUUAUACAUUUAGGUUUUAUUAUUUUAAUGUCAUAUGGAAUAAGGGCCAACGUCCAUUACCUGUAAUUUGUUUGCACUUUUUUGUGAUGUCUGCUAUAUUUUGACCAAGGCAUUUAUUCACCUAUUGCUGGCCAAUGAAACUACUUUUAUGUUAUUCCAAAGGUUCUAUAUAUUUUAUAUUAUUUAAAUAAAUGUUAUAAUGAAUUUCAAAUUAAUUCAAUUAACUCGUUUUGUUAGGUUUAGUUAAAAAUUUAACGAUUGAUUGAUUUAUUACGUAAUUAUUUGGCUCACAUCAAAUUAUUGCACUAUAAACUUCAUGGUGUUUUUAUUGUUAAGAUGUGAACCAGACUUGUAUUAAAAUGCUGUGAAAUAAGUGAAGUUAUAAAAAGGUCAGACUUUUCUAUAUCUUUAGAUAUAUCAGUAUGUUAUUCGUAUUUGAAAAACUGUCAUCAUCAGGAAAAUACAUAAUUACAAGUACAUAUACAGGGUGCUCGGGAGUAUUUCCCAUAACUCUAGGGUUAUAUUUUUUAUGGAAAAUUUAUUAAUUAUGUCCAAGAAACAUGUGUUCAUAAAUGUCACGAAGCAGCUGAUUAGUGAAGUGCGGAGUGCCAUUUGUAACUAUGUCGUCGUCGAUAUCGACAAAAUCAGAUACAGGCUGCAUAUUAAAUUGACAUUGAAUAAAAAAAUAUUUCUUUUCAUUUUACCUAAAGGUGUGUGUUACAUGGAUAGUCCGAAUUACUUUGUAUGAAACAUAAAAAGUUUUUUUUUAUUUAAAAAAAUAAUAGUUAUGAAGUACGGCUUCUGUAAGUGGACUCGUCAGCACCUUGAAGUUAUGGUAAAUACACCCGAGCACCAAGUUAUGGUAAAUACACCUGUAUACUACUAAGACUGCAGUGGUAUUUUUGUGGUUCGAAAGCCUGAUAUGUAUAGAUAGAUCUUUACUCACUGAUAUAACCAUCAAAUACAAACUAUAUUACAACUAAAUUAUAUAUAUAAAAAAAAAACAAUUUGUUAAUUAAAGUUGUUUAUUUUAUUUUUAUAUUUUAUUAUAAUUAAAUAUUAUGUUGUACAUUUUUUGAAUCUUACAUUAGCUUGUCCGCCAGGUACUCGUAUUCUUAUAUUUAAAACGUAUUUAUUGAUUGUCUAAAAAUAAAUUAAUGAAGGUGGUGGCCUAGUGAUUAAAUUUGCACAAUCAAUGGUUCUCGGGGGAUCCCCUUGAAGUGUCAUAAGAUUUUAUACAGAUUGACAAAAUGUGAUCUAUGUAAGGACUGCUUGCAAGGAAUUAUUGAAGACAUGAUAACAAAACUAGGUUUAUACUUUAAGUUUAGCACAUUGUAAUGAUGUAGUAAUAUUUUGUAAGAUAACAAUAUGCAAACACAUUCAAGUAAAUGUUGAAAAAUUU